GAGAUUUUCUAUUGCAAGAACCUGCUUUGCACCAGAGGUUUUUUCCGCCGCAAAGCGCUAAACAUAUGACUCGCUCAGUGUGGUUUCCUGUGAACAUAUGUCAUCCUGUUGUCUGUCUCACAGGCUCUACCCCACUCUUUAACCUCAGUUUGCAGUCUACUCUUUCUGUCUUUGCUGAACCUCUCAAUCGAUUCAGUCUGAUUGAUCGUGAUGAGUUUGGAGAGCUUGAACAUGGCUGGAGGUGUCCUGGGAACGGCCUUCUCUCUCCUGCUUCUUGCCUCUAUUACACAAGGGCUCCAGCAGGAUGUUGACAUUUUACAUUAUGAAAAGAUGGAGGCAGUAGUGGGGGAGAAUGUUACCUUACCCUGUAUUAUCCAAAGUAGUCCUUCUCUCACGAUCAUAAGUGUUGAAUGGAGGAAGAACAAGAGCGGAAACACCAAGCUGGCUGUGUACUCCCCAAAUCUUGGACUCAGGAUGUUCUGGCCUAAUGUCACCAUGCAGAAUGUGACCAACGGCUCCUAUCUACACCUUCAUGACGUAGAAACAUGGGACAGUGGUUUCUAUAUUUGUGAAAUUGCGACUUUUCCUCUGGGGGCCAUCAGGAGCGAAACAGAGCUAAAGAUCAAAGAUGAAGUUAAAUUAUUGUGUGAUGCGGAAAGCAUUGUCGAAGUUCCUCCUGGAGAAAAUGUGACAAUUUCAUGCACAGCGUUUCCUGCUGAUCAUUACAAGUGGACCAAGAACAACACACUGGUUUCAGAGAAUGAAUCUCUGGAGCUCUGGUUGGUGACUGAAGCUCACUCAGGGAUUUAUACACUGACUGUCACCACAGGAAACAAAAGUGUGCAUAAAAAGUUCUCCAUCACCGUGCUAACAGCAACCACAAGCCUGAGGACGGAUCUCAUGACAGCUACACCACAGUCCAAUGUGACCGAGGAGGGUUUGAUCACAUCAGCAGACAGCAGCCUCCCCACAUCACCGACCACUGGGAGGCCAAAUAUUGAUGGCAAUGUGACUUGGACCAUGAAUAUGAGCACUGAUAUAACAGAUGAUCCCAACUCUAGAAAUGUCACAGAUGGAGCGCAUAUGACCCAUUUAACAGAUUAUACACAUAUCAGUGUCACGUCAUCCCCUGUCACACACACUGACAGCUAUCACUUGAACAGCUCCACUGAUCAGGAGAUUAACAGCACUCACAAUCCAAACACAUCCACUUUUUCUGACCAAUCAGUGCCCAGCAAUCCAACCACAACUUUAAGUAAUGGUAAUAAGGUGUUCAGAUCAACACAGGAGACAAAGAAUGAGUCCAUGGGAGGCAAUCCUGUUGCCACGCCAACUCCGAACACUGGAAAUACAACGGUAGUCAUUGAGGAUGGAGAUUUUGGAGGUUUACGGAGUGAUGUGUUGUUGGCGCUAAUCAUCGUUCCAAUCCUACUACUGAUCGUUUUGGCUGGCUUUCUCUACAGGAGGGAAAGGAUGGAUCUCCCGCCUCCGUUCAAACCGCCUCCUCCUCCGAUCAAGUAUACAGCUGCAAGUGUCCCCUUGCCCACUUCAAGGUGUAACUCUGUGAUAGAACCUAAAGAUAUGAAACAAAUGUUCAUGGAUAUUUAAUUCCUACUAUAUAGCGUGAUGAAUGUGUAUAAUUUGCAUUCUGUAAUUGCUGGGAUAUAGUGAAAACUCUGUCACAUGCAAAAAAUUAAAAUGUAGGUGUAAUGUAAGUUUAGGUCAGUAAUAUCAAACUGACGUUACAACACCUUUGCAGGCAAUUGUACAAACAAGGACUGUGUUUUUAUGUAGGCUGUGUUAUUUGUUAUUGUAUAUAAAUUAAUUAAAUAAUCUAAUAUUGUCAAAGAAA